AUGGUGAAGCUGGAUAUUCAUACUCUGGCCCAUCACCUCAAGCAGGAACGCUUAUAUGUAAACUCUGAGAAACAGCUCAUUCAGAGGCUAAAUGCAGAUGUACUUAAGACGGCUGAAAAGUUGUAUCGGACAGCAUGGAUUGCUAAGCAACAGAGAAUUAAUUUGGACCGGCUUAUCAUAACCAGUGCUGAAGCUUCCCCUGCUGAAUGUUGCCAGCAUGCCAAGAUUUUGGAAGAUACACAGUUUGUUGAUGGAUAUAAGCAAUUAGGAUUUCAGGAGACUGCUUAUGGAGAAUUCUUGAGUCGGUUAAGGGAAAAUCCUCGUCUUAUUGCCUCCUCUUUGGUUGCUGGGGAGAAACUUAAUCAGGAGAACACACAAAGUGUUAUUUACACAGUUUUUACCUCCCUCUAUGGCAACUGCAUUAUGCAAGAAGAUGAAAGCUACCUCCUUCAGGUUUUGAGAUACUUGAUUGAAUUUGAACUUAAAGAAAGUGACAACCCCAGGCGACUUUUGAGGAGAGGAACUUGUGCCUUCAGCAUCUUAUUUAAACUUUUUUCUGAAGGACUGUUUUCUGCCAAACUUUUUCUCACAGCUACUUUACAUGAGCCAAUCAUGCAACUACUUGUUGAAGAUGAAGAUCACCUGGAAACAGAUCCAAACAAGCUAAUCGAGAGGUUCUCCCCAUCUCAACAGGAAAAACUCUUUGGAGAGAAAGGCUCAGAUAGAUUCAGGCAAAAGGUUCAAGAGAUGGUGGAUUCCAAUGAAGCCAAACUGGUGGCUUUGGUGAACAAAUUCAUUGGUUAUCUCAAACAGAACACAUACUGCUUUCCACAUAGUUUGAGGUGGAUUGUGUCACAGAUGUAUAAAACCCUCUCCUGUGUAGAUAGACUGGAAGUUGGGGAAGUCAGGGCAAUGUGUACUGAUCUCCUUUUGGCCUGCUUCAUCUGUCCUGCAGUUGUCAAUCCAGAACAGUAUGGAAUAAUUUCUGAUGCUCCUAUUAAUGAGGUGGCAAGAUUUAAUCUGAUGCAGGUUGGCCGCCUUUUGCAGCAAUUGGCAAUGACUGGCUCUGAAGAGGGAGACCCCCGGACAAAGAGCAGCCUUGGAAAAUUUGACAAAAGCUGUGUUGCUGCUUUCCUUGAUGUUGUGAUUGGGGGCCGCGCAGUGGAGACCCCUCCAAUGUCCUCCGUUAAUCUUCUGGAAGGAUUGAGCAGAACUGUGGUUUAUAUAACCUACAGUCAGCUUAUUACUCUGGUGAAUUUUAUGAAGAGUGUAAUGUCUGGAGAUCAACUAAGAGAAGAUAGGAUGGCUCUUGACAAUUUAUUGGCAAACCUGCCCCAGGCAAAGCCAGGAAAAAGUAGCAGUUUAGAAAUGACUCCCUAUAAUACUCCUCAGCUGUCUCCAGCAACCACUCCAGCAAAUAAGAAGAAUCGAUUGCCUAUAGCAACUCGGAGUAGAAGCCGCACCAAUGUGCUAAUGGACUUACAUAUGGACCAUGAAGGGUCAUCUCAAGAAACCAUCCAGGAAGUGCAGCCUGAAGAGGUGUUGGUCAUUUCCUUAGGGACAGGUCCCCAGCUCACUCCAGGGAUGAUGUCGGAAAAUGAGGUCCUAAACAUGCAACUUUCGGAUGGAGGACAAGGAGAUGUCCCUGUCGAUGAAAACAAACUCCACGGUAAACCUGAUAAAACCUUGCGCUUUUCCCUCUGCAGUGAUAAUCUGGAAGGAAUAUCUGAAGGUCCUUCAAAUCGCUCCAAUUCGGUAUCUUCUCUAGACCUGGAAGGAGAGUCUGUAUCAGAACUUGGAGCAGGACCUUCUGGGAGCAAUGGAGUCGAAGCUCUACAGCUAUUGGAGCAUGAGCAAGCUACAACACAAGAUAAUCUUGAUGAUAAGCUAAGAAAGUUUGAAAUACGUGACAUGAUGGGACUGACAGAUGAUAGAGAUAUAUCAGAAACAGUGAGUGAGACGUGGAGUACAGAUGUCUUAGGAAGUGAUUUCGACCCUAACAUUGAUGAAGAUCGCUUACAAGAAAUUGCAGGUGCAGCAGCAGAGAACAUGUUAGGCAGUUUACUGUGCCUGCCAGGUUCAGGGUCAGUGCUUCUUGACCCCUGCACUGGUUCUACCAUAUCAGAGACAACAAGCGAAGCUUGGAGUGUAGAGGUAUUGCCAAGUGACUCAGAGGCCCCGGAUCUAAAGCAGGAGGAACGUCUACAAGAACUGGAGAGCUGUUCUGGACUGGGCAGCACAUCUGAUGAUACGGAUGUCAGGGAGGUCAGUUCCCGCCCCAGCACACCAGGCCUCAGUGUUGUGUCGGGCAUAAGUGCGACCUCCGAGGAUAUUCCCAAUAAGAUUGAAGACCUGAGAUCUGAGUGCAGCUCUGAUUUUGGGGGUAAAGAUUCUGUCACUAGUCCAGACAUGGAUGAAGUAACUCAUGGCGCCCACCAGCUGACCUCUCCUCCUUCUCAGUCAGAGUCUCUACUUGCCAUGUUUGAUCCACUGUCUUCACAUGAAGGGGCUUCUGCUGUGGUAAGGCCAAAGGUUCACUAUGCCAGGCCAUCGCAUCCACCACCAGAUCCCCCAAUCCUGGAAGGAGCUGUGGGAGGAAAUGAGGCCAGGUUGCCAAAUUUUGGUUCCCAUGUUUUAACUCCAGCUGAGAUGGAAGCAUUCAAGCAAAGGCAUUCAUACCCUGAAAGAUUAGUUCGCAGCAGGAGCUCUGAUAUAGUCUCAUCUGUCCGGCGACCUAUGAGCGAUCCCAGCUGGAACCGACGUCCAGGGAACGAAGAACGAGAACUCCCUCCAGCUGCAGCCAUUGGUGCUACUUCUUUGGUGGCUGCACCUCAUUCAUCAUCUUCAUCCCCGAGUAAGGACUCCUCAAGAGGAGAGACUGAAGAACGCAAAGAUAGCGAUGAUGAGAAAUCAGACAGGAACAGACCUUGGUGGAGAAAACGUUUUGUUUCUGCCAUGCCUAAAGCUCCUAUACCAUUUAGAAAGAAAGAAAAACAAGAAAAAGACAAAGAUGAUCUGGGGCCUGACAGAUUCUCAACACUCACAGAUGAUCCCAGCCCUAGACUCAGUGCACAAGCUCAGGUCGCUGAGGAUAUUCUGGACAAAUACAGGAAUGCCAUUAAACGAACCAGCCCCAGUGAAGGAGCAAUGGCAAACUAUGAAAGUACAGAGGUCAUGGGUGAUGGUGAGAGUGCACAGGACUCUCCUCGUGAGGAAACACUGCAGAACAUGUCGGCUGAUGAUCUCCCGGACUCCGCGAGCCAAGCGGCCCACCCUCAGGACUCCGCUUUUUCGUACAGAGAUGCAAAAAAGAAACUGAGACUUGCUCUUUGCUCUGCGGAUUCCGUUGCUUUCCCAGUGCUAACCCAUUCAACAAGGAAUGGUCUACCAGACCACACAGACCCAGAAGACAAUGAAAUUGUUUGCUUCUUAAAAGUUCAAAUAGCUGAAGCAAUUAACCUACAAGAUAAGAACUUAAUGGCUCAACUUCAAGAAACUAUGCGCUGUGUGUGCCGCUUUGAUAACAGAACUUGUAGGAAACUGCUGGCCUCUAUUGCUGACGACUACAGGAAAAGGGCCCCCUAUAUUGCUUAUCUCACUCGCUGUCGGCAAGGACUGCAGACCACACAGGCUCACCUGGAAAGGCUACUGCAAAGGGUCUUGCGGGACAAAGAGGUGGCCAAUCGAUACUUUACCACCGUCUGUGUAAGGUUGCUGCUUGAGAGCAAAGAAAAGAAGAUCAGGGAAUUCAUUCAAGACUUUCAGAAACUCACAGCAGCUGAUGAUAAAACUGCUCAGGUAGAGGAUUUUCUGCAGUUCCUUUAUGGUGCAAUGGCCCAGGACGUCAUAUGGCAGAACGCGAGUGAGGAGCAGCUUCAGGAUGCUCAGCUGGCCAUUGAACGAAGUGUGAUGAAUCGGAUUUUCAAGCUUGCUUUCUACCCUAACCAGGAUGGGGACAUACUUCGUGACCAAGUCCUUCAUGAACAUAUUCAGAGAUUGUCUAAAGUAGUGACUGCAAAUCACAGAGCUCUACAGAUACCAGAGGUUUAUCUUCGGGAGGCACCAUGGCCAUCCGCACAGUCAGAAAUCAGGACAAUAAGUGCUUACAAGACGCCCCGGGACAAGGUGCAGUGCAUCCUGAGAAUGUGCUCCACGAUCAUGAACCUCCUGAGUCUGGCCAAUGAGGACUCCGUCCCCGGAGCAGAUGACUUUGUCCCUGUUUUGGUAUUUGUGUUGAUAAAGGCAAAUCCACCCUGUUUGCUGUCUACCGUCCAGUAUAUCAGUAGCUUUUAUGCCAGCUGUCUGUCUGGAGAGGAGUCCUACUGGUGGAUGCAGUUCACGGCAGCGGUGGAAUUCAUUAAAACGAUUGAUGACCGGAAGUGACCAAGACCAAGGCCCACCGAGGCAGCAGACUGUUAGGCGGGCAAACAGCUCUCUUAGAAAAUGUACCAGCUGCUUUGAAGGCUGAAGAUUGUUUUUGUAUAAUAUUGUACAGCGUUCAGACAUUUUAAAACAGAUCUUUACUAAACAGAUUAAU